GAAGCUCGUGCAGCAGCUGCGGCGGCGAUGCCACCACCACCGCCACAAAAUCCAGUGAUGGUACAACCAGGAGGAGCGAUGGUGCAAAGAGGAGUGGCGACACAAGGAGGAGCACCACAACAAGCCGUCGCACAAGCUCCUGGUCAACAGAUGGUGACGAUGACCAGGGAGGAGAUGCAAAGGAUAGCGGCAGUGCAGGCGGUGCAGCAAGUCACGAGCCAUACAUCUCACGCCACCACCGUGCCGACCACGGCA